GCAUUACGUCACUUCCGUCACUCUCUUCCCGGUCUCUCUCAAAGGAGAUCGGAGCAGGAACGCGGCCAAGCAAAAGCCGCCAUGGAUCCAGUCCCAACCAGCGCGGAGCCGCCCCGGAGCUCCGAGGACGAGGCGGCGGCCUUCUUCCGCGCGGCCCCGCCCCUCCGCGACCGCGACGCCGUCGCCGCCAGCCUCGACGCCUUCGUCGCCCGCCACUCCGCCGGGACCGGAGGAGGGCCUGUCGGGGUGGUCUGCGUCACCUCGGGCGGAACCACGGUGCCCCUGGAGCAGCGCUGCGUGCGCUACAUCGACAAUUUCAGCUCCGGCCAGCGAGGGGCCGCGUCCACCGAGUAUUUUCUCAAGGCUGGCUACGCCGUCAUCUUCAUCCAUCGUCGUGGGAGCAAGCAGCCUUACUGUAGAUUCCUUCCGGAAGAUUCAUUCCUUGAUGUUUUUGAGCUCGGUGAAGGAUCAGAAAUCCAAGUCCCAGAAUCUCAUACCACGGUGGUCAAGACAGCAAUUAGCAGUUAUCGCAAGGCAAUUGAUGAAGGCCUACUUCUGAAACUUCCUUUCACUACGAUUUUUGAGUAUCUUCAGUUACUCCAACUGGUAUCUACUGCUAUGAAUUGCUUGGGACACCACGGAAUGUUUUAUUUUGCUGCAGCAGUUUCAGACUUCUACGUUCCGUGGGAGAGCAUGGCUAAACAUAAGAUCGAGUCAGCAGGUGGACCUUUGAACAUGCAACUCAGUCAAGUUCCUAAGAUGCUUUUCAUCCUCAGAAAACAUUGGGCUCCUAAAGCAUUUUGUGUAUCCUUCAAGCUCGAGACGGAUCCAGAUAUCCUUCUGCAUAAGGCAGAGAUGGCUUUGAGAAAGUAUGGCAUGAAUGUCGUGGUGGCGAAUGAGCUAGCAAACUACAAAGAUGUAGUUGUCAUGGUCACAAGCAGUGGGAGGAAAACUGUGAGAAGGCAGAGCAAGGAAGACGACAUAGAAGAGCAGCUCAUUGAUCUCCUGGUAAAGAUGCAUUCGGAUAACAUUACCCAGUCCCAUUCAGACCAAGAAACAUGAGCUGUUGAACUUAAUGAGAAAGGGUGUUUGUGAUGUUCGUUAGACAGCUAUCCGAUAGCCAUGAUACAUGUGAUCAAUAAGUAGGCAAUGUGAUGGAGUAAGGCUGGGAUGGAUGUUGAACAUCAUAUUGUAAAAUGGUAAUACAAGAUAUACUGUCUACUCUACUCCAUAGACUGCAAUUAGCUUGACAUUGCUGCUUAUGUAGCGAGGCACAUGCCUUUUAAUCCGCUGUAUGUUCCUCUGAAUAGAAGAGGAAGACAUGUGCUUGUUUGCACCAGAAACACCACAUUCUGCACCAUAUUCUGAAGGUGGAUUCGGUGCAGAUAAUAAAAUCCUUGAUUUGUUGAUACACGCUGCAAAUUUGUGGGAUCAACUGGGAUUUGUUGAAUUGUUGACUCUAAGAAAUGUUUCCCUUUAUAAUCAAUGUAUUAUCUCGUGUGAACUAUCGCUAU